GUCAUCCAGAACCUCACUAGUGCGCCACUCUCUCCACCAAAUUUAGCUCUUGUGGUCACCGUACAAAACACUAAGUCUCAUGAAAAAGAAUUAAAGGAUGAUUCAAGCGCUGAAUCACAUGUUGGGGAUGCUAUGGACAGUAGGCCUAAACUCAUGAAUGAAGAUGACGAGAGGUCCAACGCCGUUGAAAUUAAUGAAGAGCUUGCCCUUCUAGAAGGUGCCAACAAGGUGGCAAAUGCAGAUAAUAAGCAGGCAGAUAACCCCUUUUCAUUUGACACCAUUAAGUUGUUUGACAAUGUUGAUGCGGUCAAGUCAAAGCACCAAGUUUCACCGAGAGAACCUACACUGG